CAUGGCUCACCAGACGCCUCCGGCCGCUCCCACCAGCCCUGUCCCGGUGCCGCACGUCCUCCCGCCAGUGACAAAGUUCGUGCACGUCCACCCGCCGAACCUCACUACUCGACAGAGAGCCACUCGAUUCUUGCACGGCGCACCGGGACGCGAUGCCACCCUCCGCCUCGUACAGUACUCUCUACGCCUGUCCCUCCACCUGCGCCGCCAUGCCUUGCCGAAACCGGCCCUCGUCCGCCUCCUCGCCGUCGUCUCGUCCCUAGCAGCCAUCCGCCGGCUCCUCGCCCUCCAGAACCUCUUUGCGACAGCGGCCGGCCUCCCCUACUUUCCCUCGUCUCUAUUAGGACUCUCGACAGCAACAGCCAAGCCCGCCGAUUCGCCACCGCCCCACCCCACCCCACCUUUCUCCCGCCUCUUCCACCUCGUCCACGCCACCCUCGAGGCCGUCGCCGUCCUCGCCGACAACCUGUACCUCCUCUCGCGCCUGCGCCUCGUCCCGCUCUCGACACGCGACACGGCCCGCGCCGACAAGCUGUCCGACUAUGCCGCGCUCGGCGCCGCCCUCGUCGGCCUCGUCCAGGUCCAGCGCGAGCGGCGCGUCCUGUACGCUGCCGGGCGCAGCGCUCGGCGCAAGACGGUCGAGGCCGAGAAGAAGCUCGAGGAGUACGAGUUUUGGGAGGACGCGGCGGCGUUGGGCAAGGGUCGAGGAGCGGGAGGAGCGGCCGGUGGGGCAGGGGUGGACGACGAGCGGCGCGAGGAGCAGAAGAGGCUCAGGGACCGGGUCAAGAGUGAGCGGAGGACGCUCAAGCAGCUGAGGAGUGAGGUGCGCGAGUCGAGGGUCGAGCGAGUACGCCUCGUCGCCGAGGGCAUCUUUGCCGUGUACGACGCGCUCGACCUCGAGCGGUCUGCCGAAGCCGUCAAGAGCUGGGCGGGCAUCACGGCGUCCUUGAUCGAGUUCGGCCAGGCGUGGAUGUCGUACGCGCACUCGCUGUCGAGCGCAUGAGCCGUGCGGCGGUCGGCGAGAGAGGGUUCGAUUGCGCCGCUGUACCCUCCGAGUGCGACUCGGGGGGAGGCGGGGGCUCCCUUCUGUACCUGCCGUGCCCUGCAUCAUCGAGUGUGUUGCGCCUCG